AGCCCAGCCCAAAAGCACUCGAGCAACUACCAAAUGGACAUGCUGUUUUCGCUCAAAAAAAAAAUGGACAUGCUGUUACUUGUCCAUACGCUCAAAAAAAAAAUGCUGUUACUUGUCCACGAACGUGAGAUGUGGUUGCAGCCGCUGGCACGUGAUGUGUAAGGUUGGCAGUGUACAACUAGAGCUUAAUCGACCGAAGAUGGCCAUGAUCGGCGCGUGUUAAUUCGGGAUACCGGAAAGGUGGAGCCUUGUUAGGAGAGGAGACGACGUGUUGCGUUCUGGGCUUCAGAGGAGUAAAACAGAUGAUGAUGAUGAUGAUGCUUGCUUUGUUGCUUAUGGGAAACAGUAAUGACAAUGGCAUAUAUGUAGCCAUGCAGUGGUGACAGACAAGACUUUUUCUCUUAUAUGCGUCCCAAGCUGUUUAGAGAUAAAGUAAACAUAAAGAGAUGAGAUGUUUGUGAGCUUUAGUUUUGAAAAUGAAAUGAGAAAUUCAAGGAUAUACAUGUGUCUUUAUUCUUUUUCUUGAAGAAACAUAUAUUGGGUUCUGUCGACGCAACGGCCAAUCAAUUUUGGUUUGGAUUUUUUUAGGCGGAAUUCAAAUCGAUGGCUAUUAAGAAAAUCGAAAGCUUCACCGGUUGGAUGGAUCACCGGUCUGGGUUUUUUAACUAUGCCUCCAUGCAGCAGGCACGCGACGAGGAGAAGAAAUGGCAUCUUUGGCCCGCGCCGCCGCCUCCGCCGCGAAGCCCCUCGCCGGCCGCAGCCUUGGCUCGUCCCUGCCGGUCCCCACCCCAGCUCGAGCCGCCCGGAUCCUGCGCAGGUCGGCGGUGGCGCGGCUGGAGACGCUGUUGCCGCUCCACACCCCGGUGGCCUCGGCGCGCCUCAAGUCCUGCAUCGCCGUCGACUCCACCUGCUGGAGCUCUCUCUCCCAAGAGCAUCAGGAUUUUACAUGGAGGACUAGUUUGGCUGCUAGAAUGACGCAAAUUGAUAUUGUGAAUGCUCUUCGUAAAGGUGAUCGGCAGCGACCAUCCGUUAUGCUCUCGAAUCUUCAACAAACUAAAGAAGCAUUAACUUCAGAAGAUUUUUCUGAUAUAUUGGAGUACUGUGCAGAAGCACCUGAUCCUUUGGCACUUAACUGGCUCAACUCUCUGGGGGGAAAAGAAAGCACCCACAGUCCCUUGCCAAUCUUCAACAUCUUUUUAAGUGCCUGUGCAAGCAUCAGAAAUCUGAAUGACGCUGAAGGCUGUCUAGAGAAAAUGGGAAUUCAUCUUGUUGGGAAGUCUGAAAUAACAUACUGUGAGCUUCGAAAGGCUAAUAAUGCCACCAGAGCAGAAAGUAGGGAGAAGGCCAGUAACCAGGGAGUGGUCAGCUGCUUUUCUGAGCAUCCUAGUGAACACAUCAGCAACAAGGUUGAACAGGAGAGGGGAUAGGGGGUCUCCCUGUCUCAAACCUUUGCCAGUUACAAACUUGCAGUUUUUCAGAGAAAUUUGUCUGUGGUGAAUGAUUUGUGGAAGGACUGCACUAGGUAUUAUAGUCCAAGCAUUAUUAUUCAAAGGAAAUUUUUGAGGGCUUUCUCUACACUAGGGGACCUUCAAUCUGCAUAUC